UGGGAAAUCAAAGAAGAGAAAAGAGCAGGCCAAAACACUAACAUGAAGACUCGACUUUCACGCUGAAUUUUUAGCUUUUUAAAGCAACUUUAGGAUUAAUUGUGCUCAACAAUUUUAAAGCCAGACUCUCAACUUAUAGAAGACGCCAAAUUUGUAUAAAAUAAGAACGAAAAUGGCUGAAGAGAAGACAAGUGUGGAGACGAUUGAGGUGAUGAAUGCCUCCUCCGACGAAAGUGUGGUUUCAAUGCAAGAUGCUGUGGAGAGCCCCCAGGAUGAAAGUUUUCGGUGCUCUGACCACGCUGAACGCAGCCUGCAGCGGAUGGAAUUUUGCCUGCAGAAUCUACAGCUCACAGAUAUCGUUCUCUGCGUUGGGGAUCACCGUAUUCCCGCUCACCGUUUGGUGCUAAGCGCGUGCAGCGAGUACUUUGAAGCCAUGUUUUCCAAUGGACUGAAGGAAUCAUUCCAGACUGAGGUGGUGCUGCGAGACAUUGACCCUGACUGCCUGCAGGAGCUGGUCCACUAUUGCUAUACAGGGUGCCUGGAUUUGAAAGAGGACACAGUCGAGUUGAUGCUCGCUACUUCUUCUCUUCUGCAAAUUACACAAGUUACCGACGCGUGCAGCAAAUUCCUAGAAAAGCGACUGGAUCCAUCCAACUGCAUCGGAAUCACCCUGUUCGCUGACACGCAAAGCUGUCUGAGCCUGCUGGAGAAGGCGCACAACUUCACCACCGAGCACUUCAUGGAAGUGGUCGGCAACCAAGAGUUCCUGCAGCUAGACGCUGAAACUUUCGCCAAACUGAUCGCCUCUGACGAUUUAAAUGUGCCAAAUGAAGAAGAUGUUGUCAAUGCACUGAUAACUUGGCUCAAAUUCUCCCCGGAUGCGAGGAAGGAGCACGUCUCUAAACUGCUGGAAAACGUGAAGCUGCCCCUUCUUCCGCCAUCGUUUGUUGUUGACCGCAUUGAAAGCAAUCCCCUCUUCAACGAAGACCCUAAAUGCAAAGAACUGAUCAUGGAGGCAAUGAAGUUUCACCUGCUGCCAGAGCGAAAGGAUACCUUCUCCUCAGCCAGGACCAGACCCAGAAAGUCCACUGUGGGCACACUGUGCGCAGUGGGUGGAAUCGACUCAAGCAAAGAAUUUCCUACAGGCGCCAAUUCAAUCGAGAGGUUUGAUCUGCGACUCAACAAGUGGAGCCAUGUAGCCAACAUGUCUGGCCAGAGGCUACAAUUCGGGGUGGCGCUCUUGGAUGGCAAAAUCGUGGUCGUCGGUGGAAGGGAUGGCUUGAAAACAAUGAGCAUCGUCGAGAGCUUCGACUUUGCCAGAAAAACUUGGAGCUCGCUGCCCAACAUGGCCACACCCCGCCAUGGACUAGGUGUCGGAGUCCUGGGAGGCCCGCUGUACGCGGUCGGCGGCCACGACGGCUGGAGCUACCUGAACUCUGUUGAACGCUGGGACCCGCAGACCAGGGACUGGAACUACGUUGCCCCGAUGUCGUUCCAGCGGUCCACGGUCGGGGUUGCUGUGCUUGGGGACAGACUGUACGCUAUCGGAGGCAGAGACGGCAGCGUUUGUCUGAAGACGGUUGAGUGCUAUGACCCGUACACCAACAAGUGGACAGCGUGCGCCUCGAUGGCCAAGCAGCGAGGCGGAGCUGGCGUGGUGGCUAUGAACGGCUGCAUUUAUGUAUGCGGUGGGCACGACGCGCCAGCCUCGCACCCCUCGGCGGCCAGGCUCGACUGCUGCGAGAGGUACGACCCCAAGACGGACACGUGGGCCUCCAUAGCCCCAAUGAGCGUCGGGAGGGACGGCGUCGGCGUCAGCGUUUUGGGCGACAGGCUCGUGGCAGUUGGCGGCCACGACGGCACGCAGUAUUUGGAUUUGGUUGAAGCCUAUGACCCUCUCACUAACUCUUGGACUCAGAUGGCGCCAUUGAUAAUGCGUCGAGCCAGCACCUGUGCUAUUGUGAUCUAACCGCGCAAAAUACUAGAAAACACCACAUUUUAACAUUCCACGUUGACUAACUGUUUUUUUAUACCAGCGAAUUGAUUUUUACCGGAAUUUCCUGUGAUUUCCUCUGUAGACUUUUAGAGAGCAUUUUAUCGAAUUUUAAAAGGAUCUCUUGAUGCUGCUUUUAACCAUUAGUCUUAGAGUCAAGCAAUAUAACUUAUACUCCUUGUACGCAUAUAUAUACUUACAUGUCAAUUUUGCAGCUAGGAAAUUUACUGUACUGCCGAGAAAUGUUGUGUACAAAAUUUGAUGAAGCGCAUGAUGCGCAAUUCUUGAAUGCUCAUUUAACUUACGACAUUAAUGAUUAUGCUCUUGCAAUAAUUAUUGUAAUAUACACAUCAUUAGUUUGGAACAUUCCUUCCCAAGGAUAUAAAUAAAUACUUAAAAUGAA